AUGUCUGGCUCUGAGCCCAUGAUGAGUGGGAACCAGUCCCUCUGCAUUAAAUUCACAUUUUUGGCUUUUUCUUCACUAGCAGAGUUACAACCUGUACUCUUCAUGGUGUUCUUAAUAGUCUACUUAUUUACGCUGGGAGGAAACCUCAUCAUCAUCUGUCUGAUUUGGGUCACCCCAUCCCUGCACACUCCCAUGUAUUUCUUCCUGGUGAACCUCUCCUUUUUGGAGAUGUGCUACAUCACCAGUGUGGUUCCUCAGAUGCUGGUGCACCUGCUGGUGGAGACCAAGACCAUAAGUGUGGGGGCCUGUGCAGCCCAGAUGUAUGUAUUUACCAUCUUGGGCCUGACAGAAUGCUGCCUGCUAGCAGCCAUGGCUUAUGACCGCUUUGUAGCUAUUUGUUACCCACUUCACUACACUGUCCGGAUGAGCCCUCCUGUCUGUUUGAAAUUGGCUGCAGCAUCAUGGAUCACCGGAGGGGUCGUGGAGUCAGCUCAGACCACCUGGAUCUUCAGACUGCCCUUCUGUGGGACAGGAAAGAUUGAGCACUUUUUUUGUGACAUCAUGCCUGUAGUGAAACUGGCUUGUGUGGAUACUUCUCACAAUGAGAGAGUGCUGUUUGCUGUCUCCAUGGUCUUUAUUAUGGGUCCUUGUCUUCUCAUUCUGUGCUCCUAUGUGCGUAUCAUUGUGAGCAUCUUCAGGAUCCCUUCAGCAACUGGCAGACACAAAGCUUUCUCCACAUGUUCCUCUCAUGUCCUGGUUGUUUCUCUGUUCUUUGGCACAGCCUUGUUCACUUAUCUCCAACCCAAGGCUGCGCACACUCCAGACACAGACAAGACCACUGCACUCAUGUACACGGUGGUCACACCUGCUCUGAAUCCUGUCAUCUAUACUUUGAGGAACAAGGAAGUGAAGGAAGCCUUUCACAGGAUAACACACAAGAAUCCACUUAGACAAAUGGUUUAAUCCAUCCCCUGUAGCUCUAAAUUUUACUAUUUUGCAGUUGU